AUGGAAUACACAUCCAGCCUGCAGAGUGAACUGGAUGACUUGAAACCAUCGCUUUUCGAACUUCUUGCUGAGGAACAGCUUUCCUCCCUUCUUCCCCCUUCAAUCCGGUACCUACUAGCUGUUGCGACCCAUCGACAUCCUCGGUAUCUUCUACGCAUCCUCAACAACUUCGACGAGCUCUACGCUCUCCUUUCACUUGUCGUUGAACGAUACUACCUCCUCACCUUCGGCGGCUCAUUCACAGAAAAUUUCUAUUCCCUCAAGCGUGAGCGCGUACUCUUCACAAAGAAUGGCGAGAUACCUCGAGCGCAAAUCGGCGCCGCGACAGCAGUUCGAGAGAGCCUAAGGUUACGUACAUCCGAUGUCUGGAAAAAUCUGGCUAUCAUGGUGGGAUUGCCAUAUCUCAAACGCAAAUUGGACGAAAGCUACGACAUUCAUGUUGUACCUCAAUCAUCCUCUCUCCUCGGCGGACCGAGAUACAACCGUCAUGACGAUUUGCCGCCCAACCCGACAAUAAAACAGCGUCUCAUGUUCUAUUAUAAAUGGUUCCUUCGAAAUGUUUAUCCUUCUGUGAACGCGGCAUAUUAUUUCUCUAUACUGGCAUUCAACCUUGCCUAUCUCUUUGAUAACACAAGAUACUCUUCACCGUUCUUAUGGUUGAUUGGAACGCGCAUUCGUCGCCUGGGACCGGCCGACCACCGCGCCAUCGCAACGGCCAUGCAACCCAAGCCUGGUAGCAAUAAUCUCCGCCAGCGUCCCGGGUCAGGAUUACUCGGCCUAUUGAGCCCCCAAAAUAUAUACCCACAACUUCUACAGUCAUUACGAUUCUUCCUUCCAGCAUCAAUAUUCGCCCUAAAAUUUCUCGAGUGGUGGCAUGCGAGCGACUUCUCGCGGCAACUAGCUCGCAAAGUCACCGAGACCCUUGAUUUGCCUGCUCCAGUGGUAACUGGCAUGAUAGACCCUUCUUUAAAGAAAAAGGCCACCAACAACAAAACCACCACAUCCCCUUCACCGAACUUGAAACCAGCCAUUAAGACUUCAGCAUCCCGCCGUCAGCCACCCAUAUCAUCAACUUCCUAUCUCCCCAUCUUUACAGUUCCAAUACCAGCUCCGGAUUCUGAUAAUGCAGGCGCAUGCCCAAUCUGCCUCAAUCCGCUCACGAACCCUACCGCAUGUCAAACCGGAUAUGUGUUUUGCUAUGGUUGUGUAUUCCGAUGGCUGAAUGGCGACCAUGAACGACAAAUAGAUUUCAUGAAUGGAGUAGACGGCGGCGCAGCCUGGGAUACUCCUGAUGAUGAUGUGGGCGACUCUGAAGAGAAUGACCAGGAUAAAGGAAAAGAUAGAUCAGAAGCGCGUAGCGUAUCCGCGGAGUCAAAUAAGAAUCGCGAAGGGAAGUGGGAGAGUGGGAAGGGAAGAUGUCCUGUGACAGGCCGGAGGGUAUUGGGCGGUACGGAUUGUUUGAGGAGAGUUUUAGUCUAG